CUAGCCCGGGUUUUCAACACCAGUGAACAGCGCUUGUUCGUUUGUUCGUCCGUGGAAACAAAACAUUCACGCCAAGUGGCGCCGAUUUUCGGUGCGAGUGUUUCGAUGAUUCCCGGCGAAAAACGUACAUUAGAUCUGUCCCUGUCCGUAGAACGUAUUGUAAAGUGUGUGUUUUUGUAAGGGAUAAAGCGUACCUGCUAAACAAAGGGCAAGUGAAAAGUGGUGAUCGAUAGCAAACAACAGCAAGAAGAACAACAACGCGAUGCGCUAAGAAUCACGCUGCGUGUGUGUGGAGUUGUGCAAUGGACGUGAUGUUUAGCCAACUUUUUUGGUAUUCCGAAACCGCCCAAGAGAUUGUGGGCGAAGAAAGGAGUGAAAAGUGAUAGCGAAAUUACACGAGAUACAUUGAUUAGUUGGCUGAAGCAUCAUCAACAUCACGCUGCUGCUGCCGUUGUUGUUGUCUUUGUUGUCGUCGGCAGUGCAUGGAUGACCUCGUAGGUGUCAAGAGCAGAGCAUCAUCACCAUCAUCAUCAUCAUCAACACGAAGAAUGACAGCAUCUUUUCCUUCGGGUGGGGGUAGCAGCAGAAAGUAGGAGUGUGCGUUGUGUUGUGUUUGUCUUCUUUUUCUUCGUCCACUUCAUUGCAUUCCGCCUUCUCUUCUGCCUCGCGCGCAUGCUGCGUUCGGAAGUGCAUUCGACGAUUGCAAGGCAGUAGAGAGCACGUACACACGUCCUCACACAAACACACACGCACACGGAUACCGAUUCCGUUCUUGGCCGUGCGAAGGAACCAUAGCACACGGAUGCACGGUGUAGAGUUGCUUAUGGGUGGUGAUGGUGUGUGCAGUGUGCGGUAAUCGGAUCAUCAUCAGUCGUCGCGACGACCUUCACACAGAGAAAGAGAACAUCCGAGAGAAAAGGAAAGAGAAAGAGAGUAGUAGAAAAGUGUGAAAAAAAAUCGUAGGAUCCGCGUGUGCAUGUGUGCGCGGAUAUUCUCGGAAGAAGAACGAACGCACUGCUCGACAGCUGCUGGACAAGGAUUGCUGUCUAGUAGCUAAGCAUCUCCUCGCCCAGCUAAGUAAUUUUGCACGAAAACAGUGCGUGAAUCAACCGUCCCUUCCUGUCUGUGCGAACAGUAGUAGUACACCAUCUGUAUCCGGCAGGACAUACUAUAGUGACCAUCAUCGAUCGAUCGAUUACUGCGAUUGCUUGGUUCAGUGCAAAUAGACCCGAAAACGUUACCCAACGUCGUAGUCAGUGUUCCCGACCUUCCCGAUUCUCGGUGGCGCUUCAGCAUCUUCCGGAGUCUGUUGGCUGACGGUGGCGGUGGUCCUGUUUGGUAGGGACCUUUUUUUUCUCACGUCAACCAGUAAACCGGGCGGUGGCUGUGUGCUACACACAGUCUCCAUCCGUACAGUGAAAAGCGGCACACUGGGAACCCGAGUACGGCUCUGUCGGCAAACGAUGGCGGAAGUUGGCACCAGCUCCAGCGGCGAUGGAGAAUCUGCCGCACCGGACAAACCGAAGGGUACGGUAAAGUUCAGCGAGGCAGAUCUGGCCGCUAUCAAACAGACGAGCGAUACGUUGAAGCGUAACCCAAAGAUGGAUUUUAGCAAAGCGGAUCUGCUAAAGCUGCUCAGCUAUCUCGAGGGCGAACUGCAGGCCCGCGACGUCGUGAUUGCGGUGCUCAAGACGGAAAAGAUUAAACAGCUGCUAACCACACCCCGGUACAGCAAAUCGACCAACUUGAACGAUCCACAUGCGGCACUGUUUCGCGACCAGCUGGCGGCUAGCGGUAACAUAGCCAGCCGGCAGUCCUCCAUACAGGCGGCCCACUCCGAGCACGAGAUGCGGCUCAUGAACGAGCAGCGUAGCGGGGUGCGCGAACAGAUGGAUUCGCUGGCCGCGCUAGUAAUGCAGCAACGCCAAGCGCAGGCAAAAAUGAUCGAAGCGCUGAAGGAUGCGGAAGAGCGCCAUAAGCGGGUAGUGCAGGAGCUGUACGAUGAGCGCCGAAAGCACGAGCACACUACGGCGCAGGGUGACGACAUUACGUACGGGCUGGAGAUUGAGCGGUCCCGGCUGAAGCAAGAGCUGGACCACGAGAAGGAGCAGCACAAGGUGCUGGAGAUCGAGCUGAAGAAGGUGCAGGAACAGUUCGAGGCGGAAAAGAAUCGCCAGAAGCAGAUCGUACUGCUGCUGCUGGCCGAGCGUAAAAAGAUCAUCAUCAAGUACAUCGAGGAACGGAAGCGGAGCGAAGAUUUGGCUCAAAUACUGUCCGAGGAAAAGCAGCGGGUCGACACGAUUGCCGAAGGAUUGGAGGAGGAAAGCAAAAAAUCGCUCCGAAUGGAGGCGGAAAUGGAGAAGCAGGCGCUACAGUUUGAGAUCGAGCGGAAAAUGCUGCACCAGAGUUUGGCGAAGGAGGAAAAACGGGUAAAGGAUCAGGAACUAGAAAUACAGCAGCUGAAGGCGGAAAUUGAAUUGCUACGCAAGCAAACCGGUAUACGACAUCCGCUAGUUGCUCCACAGUUACCCACGAAACCGGGCGGUCUCGUACCGUCGCGGCCAUCGAUCGGUGGUACGCCGGUUGGUGGGGUUUCUUCUACCGGUGCUGCAGCAAGUCCAUCAUCGGCGGGAGCGACCGUCACUGCAGGAACCAUAGGCAUACCGGGACAAAUGAUUAGCAGCAUGGCAACGAAAGUUGUGCAACCGACUGCCACCGUAUCGAGCGUUCCCGUUUCGGCACCAACUACCGGAAUUGCGCGAUCAGUCUCACCGGGGCAACUCAUAAGGCAGACGGCCAUUUCGCAGCUUUCCGUCACAUCACCUCCGAUAGUUGGUGGUGCCGGUACAGCGGGCCCAGGAACGGGUGGAAUUGGAUCGAACGCUCCAGGCGUGCCGGCUGGUGGAACAGUUCCGGACACCUACGCCAACACACCAACGGGGAAGAUGGCGAGCACGGGCGUACGUAAAGCGGCCGGCAUUGCAGCGGCUACGGUAAUCACCGGCGGUGGUGGAGGAGCAGCAGCAGCACCAGGGACGGCGAGCCCACUGACCGGCUCAUCGACGAUCAAGAAGACAAUAAUGCUGCCCGUCGGUGGUCGCGGUGUGCCGCCACCGAUCCCGCCCAACAAACCGCAGAUACCGCCGAAACUGUCCGGCGUGUCGGCCGUGGCAGCCGUGGCCGCCGGUGCCGUUUCGUCCCGUAUUCCCUUUCUCAGUAACAGCGGUAGCAGCAGCAGCAGCAGCAGCAGCAGCGGAAGCAGCACCGGAUCGAUCAGCGGUGGUGGGAAUGGGAGCAUCACCACGACCCCUGUUAGUCCCGUCAGCAGUAGUAUCGGCAGUAACGCACUCAGUAGCACGGCCACCGCAAGCAACAGUUCGUCCGCCAUCAGUAGUAGUAACAGUGUUAACAGCAAUAGUGUGCUACAAUCAUGUCCACCAAACACCAACAGCACCAUUACCACCAAUACCGCCACCUCCUCCAACUCCACCACCAUGAACAUAAACACUAGCCCACCCAGCAGCAGCACCACCAAUAAUGCCGCCAAUAAUGCGCCAAACGCCUUACAGCAGCAACACCAUACUCAUCCCGUACCGCAGCUCUACACGCACCAUCCGCAUCUCGUUUCUCAUCUUGCUCAUGCUGCCAGUGCCGGCGGGACCCCAACAGCAGCAGCAGCCUCAGCAGCGUCCGCAGCCGCCACCACCACAAUCAGCCCUGCCCAACAGCAAAGUGCUGCGUCGACAGCCCCAUCUGCCACAUCCGUAUCAUCAGCCGCCGCCGGUGGGUCAUCCGAAAUAUUGACCGGUUGCGAAGGUGGGAUAGUGUAAAUGGCUGGCUGGCUGGCUGGCUACAUACACAUUGCUCCGUGACCCAAUUCUCACCCACAUAACACCAAGGCAAAAGCUUUGUGACGUGCACUGGCUGCGACACGUCCUUGCGAAGGGAAAGGAUUGAUAUCGAUCAUGAUGGAACACCUUCUGGUACGUUAGCUGCGCUACCACUGUAAGCGAAUGUCGAUUGCGGUUUUCCUACCCCAGGGAAAACCCGUUUUAUCCUGCUGUUAACACGUUGUGCUUAAGUUGUACGGCUGUUUGCGAAUCGUUUAUUUCGAUUUUAUUUCAUGAUUCAAAGUGAUUCUAACAUUACACACACCCCGUGCUAAAGUUAGAUGUUUAUUUUUUAACGUUUUAUUCUUUAGAAUCUUCCUUAACAUACGGUGUAAUUUGACAGUGGUUUAUAUGCUAGUCGCUACUGUAAUUAUUGAGUAAUUUUCUUUUAAAUAAUGACAAAAUGUAAAUGCUUUCUUUUAACCCAUUCGCUUAGUGAGUUAGCGUAUGAUCAGGCACGAACGAAUCACAUUGCUGCCACAUCACAUAAACGAUAGAAUAAGCCUAAUCAUGAACGAGCUACCGAUACGUCGUGUGCAAUAAGGCACACGAUUUGGUUUAUCUACUCUCACUCAGCCUACACCUUAUAACCGAAUCUUUAAACCCUACCGACUGGACACAGCAAAAAAUGGCGAAAAUGCAAAAAUUGUACGCCUGCACGCUUGCUUAGCACAUUCAUCGGAAGGCUCAUCAUCAAUAGGCACGUCACUAGGGAAAUCUUAAGACUUGAAAAAAAAAGAAUCGGGAAAUUAUACUUUCAUUCCGUUUUUCCUUUCACAUCACCCUAACCCUCACUCCGAAGGUAGUAGCGGCUAGUCGCAAUACAUUUGCUGUGGAAAUGUAUUUUUUUAGUAUUGGUUUUAAAUGUCAAGCAACAUACCAGUUAGCCAGUUAGUUAGUUAGUUGUUUAUUUUGAAAUAUUUUAAUGCUUUUAAAGGUUUGUUUUUAAAAGAGAGUUUCAUAGGCGCAAUUUCAUUUUACCCAAAAGCAUCAUCACAUGUACCACUUUUACCAUCACAAAUAGAGUUGGCUAUAUUCGAUUAUAUACACCUCAGAAUAUAGUAAAAACUUGUGCAAUUUAUAACGACAUUAUGGCAUUAGUUUCGCUUAACCCCCGGCAAAGAGAGAUACAACACAUGUUAAAAAUAAUAGAACAAUGUACAACAUAAUGCAUAAUACACGGGCAAAACAUUGCUUACCACUGCUGCUGUGGGCUGCCAUGUUCCGAUGUGCUCAUGAACUACUCUGCCUAUAACCUUAUGAGCAAUUUAAAUCUUAGUGUGUAAAUGUAACGAUGCGUAACAUGGUGGUGCGUAGUGUAGAAAGGAAGGAAGAAAGCAAGGUAGGAGUACCGCGGGUAGGAUUUGAUUAGCCACAAAAUAAAGUUUGGGCGUCUGCGGGGACAAAGAUGAAUGAACGAUUGCCGAGUAUUAUUAACUUACCGCAGGCAGGCAGUGUAGUUGCGCAUUCAGUUAGUUUCUCCGGUCAAAUAAAAGCAAUACUAAAAAGGGGUAAUAAAACUUCACACAAAUGCACACGAUAAUGAUUGCUAGAAGUGCGCCAUAGGGUAUUUGUUGUUGCCUGCAGGUAGUAGUACUGUUGUGUGUCCUGUAAUAGUUUACAGAAGGAUGUGUUAACAUGGACGGCAGCUAAGGCUAAGAUGUGCAGGCACAGGCUGGCACGCCUGUUAGUGGAAAGUGCUUCCGUUUUGGACGGGUAUUGUGGCAACGGAACAAAUCAUCCCAGUUAUUAGGAGGAGUGUGACGAUGUAUAUGUGUGUGUGUGCCGAGUAGAAGUAUUCUUAAACCUUGUAGACUCAGUGCAACACACACGCACACACUCAGAACUAUUGGGGCGCACCGUUCUUCUGUUGGUGGCCAUCAACCCACUGAUGUUCUAACUGACGCUAAUACUAGAAAGCGAGAACAAUAGUGAAUUGCUGUGAUUAUGAAAGUUUUUUGUAAAAGAAAAAUAUUCUCUUUAAAACAUCAACUAUCUCAGAUUAAGUUACUAGCGACUGUAGUUGGUGGGUUUGGAAUUUUCAUAACCCGUCCCCUGCGAACAUUGCUCUGUAAAAUGUGGCUUACGACGUCUGUUCUUAACCGUUGCCUGUGACAAUACAAUUGAUCAUACUGUCUGUUUUUUCUACUGCUGAUCGUCACCCGAGAACCAUUUUUUAAGUGGCCACAAAAUUAUCGUUCAACGCUAGAAUGUGUAUGUAGCAAAUAAAUUUUGUAAACGGGUCUGUAAUUACAUUACUUGAA